CAGAGCAGCCCGCCCGGCUUCAGCCUCCCGGCGCCGUGGGCGGCCUCCCGGCCGGGGCGGGAGCGGUGCCCGGUUCUCCCUGUGCCUUCUGCCGGUCGUGCGGGCAGCGCCAUCGCCUUCCUACCGCUAGACGAGGUGUUAUAAUUUGAAGAAAUGCAGUGACGUAUUUGAAGAGCAUCGUUCACAGAAAAUUUUGUCUUGUGAUAAAUUUUUAAACCUAAGAUGGCUUUGACAAAAACACCUAAAGUAUUCAAGAAAUUAUUUUUUCACUGGAAACUUUGGAAGUUUAGCAUUAUUGUGUUUGUCUUCCUGGUAUUUUUAUUUUUAUUACAAAGAGAAGUGGGUGUUCAAGAUUUUAAAGAUGAAGCAGGGAUUGAGCCAGUUGUUAGAAAGAAAAGUCAUGUAUUAGGUCUUGUGUUAAAUGCUAUGAACAAUAUAAAAGGUGCAAAGCCAAAAAUGCAGAUAAAAGCACCUGUUAGGCAAACUAAGAUUCCUGGAGAGAGACGCUGUUUGCCAGGACACUAUACUGCUGUGGAAUUAAAACCCUUUCUAGAUCGACCCCUUCAAGAUCCUAAUGCUCCUGGAGCUUCUGGUAAAGCAUUUAAAACCAUUAACUUAAGUUCAGAAGAACAGAAAGAAAAGCAACGUGGAGAGGAAAAACACUGUUUUAAUGCAUUUGCAAGUGAUAGGAUUUCUUUACACCGAGAUCUUGGACCAGAUACUCGACCUCCUGAGUGUAUUGAACAAAAGUUUAAGCGUUGCCCGCCAUUGCCAACUACAAGUAUUAUAAUAGUUUUUCAUAAUGAAGCAUGGUCUACUCUGCUCAGAACUGUUCACAGUGUGAUGUAUACGUCUCCUGCCAUACUGCUAAAGGAGAUUAUUUUGGUGGAUGAUGCCAGUGUAGACGAGUACUUGCAUGAUAAACUAGAUGAAUAUGUGAAACAAUUUCAAAUAGUUAAAGUAGUCCGUCAAAAGGAAAGAAAAGGUCUAAUCACAGCACGGUUGUUGGGAGCUUCAGUAGCAACAGGAGAGACCCUUACCUUUCUGGAUGCUCAUUGUGAAUGCUUUUAUGGCUGGUUAGAGCCAUUAUUGGCAAGAAUAGCUGAGAACCCUGUCGCUGUUGUAAGCCCUGAUAUUGCUUCUAUAGAUCUCAAUACUUUUGAGUUCAGUAAACCAUCUCCUUAUGGGCAUAACCACAACAGAGGAAAUUUUGAUUGGAGUUUGUCAUUUGGAUGGGAGUCUCUUCCUAAACAUGAAAAUAAAAGAAGAAAAGAUGAAACCUAUCCAAUUAGAACACCUACUUUUGCUGGAGGUCUCUUCUCAAUAUCAAAAGACUACUUUGAACAUAUUGGAAGCUAUGAUGAAGAAAUGGAAAUAUGGGGAGGUGAAAAUAUAGAAAUGUCUUUCAGAGUAUGGCAAUGUGGUGGACAGUUGGAGAUCAUGCCUUGCUCUGUUGUUGGCCAUGUCUUUCGCAGCAAGAGUCCCCAUACUUUCCCAAAAGGUACUCAAGUGAUCACACGUAAUCAAGUCCGCCUUGCAGAAGUCUGGAUGGAUGAAUAUAAAGAAAUAUUUUACCGAAGAAACACAGAGGCAGCAAAAAUUGUGAAACAAAAAACAUUUGGAGACAUCUCAAAAAGACUUGAUUUAAGGCAGCGUCUGCAGUGUAAAAAUUUUACCUGGUAUCUCAAUAAUAUUUAUCCAGAAGCAUAUGUCCCAGACCUGAAUCCUUUAUUUUCUGGAUAUUUAAAAAACAUAGGUAACCGCAUGUGUCUGGAUGCUGGUGAAAAUAACCAUGGUGGCAAACCAUUGAUUAUGUAUUCUUGUCAUGGACUUGGAGGAAAUCAGUACUUUGAAUAUUCUGCAAACCAUGAAAUUCGACAUAACAUUCAGAAGGAGCUUUGCCUGCGUGCUUCGAAAGGACCUGUGCAUCUUCGUGAAUGUAGCUACAAAGGGCAGAAAACCUUUGCCGUUGGAGAAGAGCAAUGGCUGCAUCAAAAGGAUCAAACUCUGUACAAUGCAGCUCUACAUAUGUGCCUUACAGGAAAUGGAGAGCAUCCGAGUUUGACAUCCUGUAAUCCAUCAGACCCCUUUCAGAAGUGGAUCUUUGGCCAGAACAAUUAAGAUUUCAUAUUUAUAGGCCAGAAGCAUUUUAUUAAAAGAAAAGAUCCACUCUAAACUGUGAUCAUAUGUGUAUACUGCAUUUUUUAAUGAUGUAUACUUUAUAUGCAAAAUGUUUUAAUGUAUAUACAAAAUGUUUCUUUUCCCUUUUAUUUAAGUUGGAUAUAGAAUGUGUCAUCAGAGAUUCCCUAGGAGUCUGUUAUACCAAAGAUGAUUGAGAUCCCAAUUAAGAAAAAUGUUUACAAUUUUUCUGUGAUAAGACUUUUAUGUGUUGGAGAAUCCACUGAUUCAUGGAUCCUGUAGUCCUCUUUCACCUUGGGGACCGUGUAUAUAUUAUUUCUCCACGUGCUUUCAGUACUUCUGAAGACCAGUUUUCUCUGUAGAGUUAUGAGAAAUUAUUAUAUACUGUCUACAAAAUAAGACGCUUCAUAUGUAUAUUUUUAUGGUCAAUCAGUUGAAUUCUUUUUUUAAAUUUUUUACUUUUUGCAGUGAACCUUUCUCAGUAUUUUUUAAGUUUCCUCACUUAAAAAAUUAAAUAUUUGAUCUUCAGGUUAAAGCCAAAUAGGUGAGCAUGCUGUGCUCAGCUUUUAGCAAGUUGAUUCUCCUUUUGUAGAAGAAAAAAAUAUCUCACUGAAAUACAUAUGUGUGAUUAUUUUUAUGGAAAAUCUGCUUAUUCUGAUACUAAUUUUGUAAAUUUUUAAUAGUUUUUUUUAUAAUUCAUGAAACUUAAAAUUUAUGACAGUUAUAUUGUAAUAGAUUUCUGAGCUGCUUAAUACAUUUUUUCAGCAUUUUGUUCAUUAUUGCUUUUAAAUUGCAUGUUAUCUACUAACUCCACUUUUUUUCCUACCUUUUAGUGAUUUAUGCAAUGUUUACCUAACAGGUUUCUAAUGUUAUCUGUACAUAAUCUUUUGUGCAAAUGCUUACAUGUUGAUUUAUUAUCUUUUUUUGUCAUAGCUCUUUUCCCUUUUAUAAAGGACUGACCUCAGUUUUAUCAGUCCAAGUGAGGCCUUGGCCUUCCUAAAUAUUCUGGUAGCUCUUUCAAUUAAAUUCCUGUAAGCAUCCACAACUAUACUUCAAUAGAUCAUGUAGAGCUAUGACUUCAUAAAUAGCCUUCCUUUGAUUAAGUAUUUAAAAACAUAUAUCAUAGAAUCAUAGAACAGUUUGGGUUGGAAGGGACCUUUAAAGGUCAUCUACUCCAACUUCUCCUGCAAUAAACAAGGACAUCUUCAACUAGAUUAUAUUUCUCAGAGCGCUCUCCAACCUGACCUUGAAUGUUUCCAGGGAUGGGGCAUCAACCACUUCUCUGGGCAACCCGUUCCAGUGUUUCACCACCCUCGGUGUAAAAAAAUUCUUUCUUAUAGCUAGUGUAAAUCUACACUCUUUCAGUUUAAAAACAUUACUUCUUGUCCUAUUGUAACAGACUUUAUGAAAAAGCCUGUCUCCAUCUUUCUUAGAAGCCCCCAUAAAGUACUGAAAGGCUGUUCCCUGGAGCCUUCUCUUCUCCAUGCUGAACAACCCCAACUUCUUUAAAGUGGAGACAAAGAAAAAUAUUUGGCUGCAUGAACAAAUAUAAAGCUGAGAAUAAAUGUGAAGGGGUGGGUGUUAAAGGUUGAAUAGGACAAAAUGCAAAAUUUGUCCUUUUGUCCUGGUAAAUAAAUAAUACCCUUACAGA